UGUGUCACGUGAGGUCCAGGUGGCGGCGGAGCUACGGCGAGAGAGUGAGAGGAGGAAGGAGAAGCCGGAAGGGGUGCGGGUGAAGCUAGGUGGAGAAGACAACUCCUGAGAGGGCGAGGGUGCGCGUGCGCCCGCUUUUUCCCCCUGAGUCGGCCCCGCCGCUCUCCCUUGCGGCCUGGUGACAGCUGGGCCCGGCCCACCGCGCGCUGCCUGGGGCGCGAGGAGCGCGCUCCCCGCUCUCUCUCGCCCCGCCGGCCGCCCCUCCCCCUCGUCCCGUCCGUCCCGUCGCGUCCCGUCGCCUCGGGUGUCGAGGCCAGUAGUCGGCGGCGGGGACGUUUUCUGACUCCCGAUCCCUGUCCGGCUGUCCUUUCCACUCCGUCUCGGGGCCGGCCGCUCCUCCGGCCCCAGGAUGCAGAAUGUGAUUAACACGGUAAAGGGAAAGGCACUGGAAGUAGCUGAGUACCUGACCCCGGUCCUCAAGGAAUCCAAGUUCAAGGAAACAGGUGUUAUCACCCCAGAAGAGUUUGUGGCAGCUGGAGAUCACUUAGUCCACCACUGUCCAACAUGGCAAUGGGCAACAGGGGAAGAAUUGAAAGUGAAGGCAUACCUACCAACAGGCAAACAAUUUUUGGUCACCAAAAAUGUGCCAUGCUACAAGCGGUGCAAACAGAUGGAAUAUUCAGAUGAAUUGGAAGCUAUCAUUGAAGAAGAUGAUGGUGAUGGGGGAUGGGUAGAUACUUACCAUAACACAGGUGUUGCAGGAAUAACUGAAGCAGUUAAGGAGAUUACACUGGAAAGCAAGGAUGGUAUAAAACUCCAGGAUUGUUCAGCAUUAUGUGAAGAGGAGGAAGAGGAAGAUGAAGGAGAAGCUGCAGAUAUGGAAGAAUAUGAAGAGAGUGGAUUGUUGGAAACAGAUGAGGCUACUCUAGAUACAAGGAAAAUAGUAGAAGCUUGUAAAGCUAAAACUGAUGCUGGAGGUGAAGACGCUAUUUUGCAAACCAGAACUUAUGAUCUUUACAUCACUUAUGAUAAAUAUUACCAGACACCACGACUAUGGUUGUUUGGCUAUGAUGAGCAACGGCAGCCUUUAACAGUUGAGCACAUGUAUGAAGACAUCAGUCAGGAUCAUGUGAAGAAAACAGUGACCAUUGAAAAUCACCCUCACCUUCCACCACCCCCUAUGUGUUCAGUUCACCCAUGCAGGCAUGCAGAGGUGAUGAAGAAGAUUAUUGAGACUGUUGCAGAAGGAGGGGGAGAACUUGGUGUCCAUAUGUAUCUCCUAAUUUUCUUGAAAUUUGUACAAGCUGUCAUUCCAACAAUAGAAUACGACUACACAAGACACUUCACAAUGUAAUGAAGAGCACAUAGAAUCUAUCCUAAUUAUUGGUUCUGAUUUGUAAAGAAUUAACCCAUAGAUGUGACCAUUGACCAUAUUCACCAAUAUGUACAAUUUCUCUAAUAGACUUAUAUGUUUAUGCAUUAAAUAAAAAAAGUUCCACUACCAGGCUUAUUUGUUUAAUAAAAAUGAGUGUAAAGA